GGGCAGGAGCCACCAUGGAAGCUCACUGGGCCGCGGGGCCGCCUAAGCCGUUGGCGGGCUUCUGAGGCGAGUGAGGCGGUGCACGGCCGGCGCUGCCCGCCGUGGAUCCGCGGGCCUCCGCCAUGUCGGUGCUGGGCGAGUACGAGCGACACUGCGAUUCCAUCAACUCGGACUUUGGAAGCGAGUCCGGGGGUGGCGGGGACUCGGGCCCGGGGCCCAGCGCCAGCCCGGGGCCGCGAGCCGGCGGCGCGGCGGAGCAGGAGGAGCUGCACUACAUCCCCAUCCGCGUCCUGGGCCGCGGCGCCUUCGGGGAGGCCACGCUGUACCGCCGCACCGAGGAUGACUCACUGGUGGUGUGGAAGGAAGUUGAUCUGACUCGACUUUCUGAAAAGGAGCGUCGCGAUGCCUUGAAUGAGAUUGUCAUUCUGGCACUGCUGCAGCACGACAACAUCAUUGCCUACUACAACCACUUCAUGGACAACACCACCCUGCUGAUUGAGCUGGAGUAUUGUAAUGGAGGGAACCUGUAUGACAAAAUCCUUCGUCAGAAGGACAAGUUGUUCGAGGAAGAGAUGGUGGUGUGGUACCUUUUUCAGAUUGUGUCAGCAGUGAGCUGUAUCCAUAAAGCUGGGAUCCUCCAUAGAGAUAUAAAGACAUUAAAUAUUUUUCUGACAAAAGCAAACCUGAUAAAGCUUGGAGACUAUGGCCUAGCAAAGAAACUUAAUUCUGAGUAUUCCAUGGCUGAGACACUUGUGGGUACUCCAUAUUACAUGUCUCCAGAGCUCUGCCAAGGAGUAAAGUACAAUUUCAAGUCUGAUAUCUGGGCAGUUGGCUGUGUCAUUUUUGAACUACUUACUCUAAAAAGAACAUUUGAUGCCACAAACCCACUCAACCUAUGUGUGAAGAUUGUGCAGGGGAUCCGGGCCAUGGAAGUUGACUCUAGUCAGUAUUCUUUGGAACUGAUCCAGUUGGUCCACGCUUGCCUUGACCAGGAUCCUGAGCAGAGACCCACUGCAGAUGAACUUCUGGAUCUCCCCCUUCUCAGGAAACGCAGGAGAGAGAUGGAAGAAAAAGUCACCCUGCUUAAUGCACCUACAAAGAGACCAAGGUCAAGCACUGUGACUGAAACACCCAUUGCUGUGGUAACGUCACGAACCAGUGAAGUCUAUGUUUGGGGUGGUGGAAAAUCUACACCCCAGAAAUUGGAUGUCAUCAAGAGUGGCUGUAGUGCCCGACAGGUGUGCGCAGGGAACACCCACUUUGCUGUGGUCACUGUGGAGAAGGAACUCUACACUUGGGUGAACAUGCAAGGGGGCACUAAACUACACGGUCAGCUAGGACAUGGAGACAAAGCUUCCUAUCGACAGCCAAAGCAUGUGGAAAAGUUGCAAGGGAAAGCUAUCCACCAAGUGUCAUGUGGUGAUGAUUUCACUGUUUGUGUGACAGAUGAGGGUCAGCUCUAUGCCUUUGGAUCAGACUACUAUGGCUGCAUGGGGGUGGACAAGGUUUCUGGCCCAGAAGUGCUAGAACCCAAGCAGCUGGACUUUUUCCUCAGCAAUCCAGUGGAGCAGGUCUCCUGUGGAGACAAUCAUGUGGUGGUUCUGACCCGAAACAAAGAAGUCUACUCUUGGGGCUGUGGUGAAUACGGACGACUGGGUUUGGAUUCAGAAGAGGAUUACUAUACACCACAGAGGGUAGAUGUUCCAAAGGCUUUAAUCAUUGUUGCAGUUCAAUGUGGCUGUGAUGGGACCUUUCUGCUCACCCAGUCAGGCAAAGUGCUGGCCUGUGGACUCAAUGAGUUCAACAAACUGGGGCUGAAUCAGUGCAUGUCUGGAAUCAUCAACCAUGAAGCAUACCAUGAAGUGCCCUACACGACCUCCUUUACCUUGGCCAAACAGUUGUCCUUUUACAAAAUUCGUACCAUUGCCCCAGGCAAGACUCAUACAGCUGCUAUUGAUGAACGAGGUCGGUUGCUGACUUUUGGCUGUAAUAAGUGUGGGCAGCUGGGUGUUGGGAAUUACAAGAAGCGCCUGGGAAUCAACCUGUUGGGGGGACCGCUUGGUGGGAAGCAAGUGAUCAGGGUCUCCUGUGGCGAUGAGUUCACCAUUGCCGCCACUGAUGAUAAUCACAUUUUUGCCUGGGGAAAUGGUGGCAACGGCCGCCUGGCAAUGACUCCCACAGAGAGACCACAUGGCUCUGAUAUCUGUACCUCAUGGCCUCGGCCUAUUUUUGGAUCACUGCAUCAUGUCCCAGACCUUUCUUGCCGUGGCUGGCACACCAUUCUUAUUGUUGAGAAAGUAUUGAAUUCUAAGACCAUCCGUUCUAACAGCAGCGGCCUGUCUAUCGGAACCGCGGUUCCGAGCUCCAGCCCAGGUGGCGGUGGUGAAGAGGAAGACAGCCGGCGGGAAUCUGAAACUCCAGAUCCAAGUGGAGGCUUCCGAGGAACAAUGGAAGCAGACCGUGGAAUGGAAGGGUUCAUCAGUCCCCCAGAGGCCGUGGGCAACAGUUGUGGGGCUAGCAGCUCCUGUCCUGGCUGGCUUCGGAAGGAGCUGGAGAACGCAGAGUUCAUCCCCAUGCCUGACAGCCCAACUCCCCUAAGUAGAGCAUUUUCAGAGUCUGAGAAGGACACCCUGCCUUAUGAAGAGCUACAAGGACUCAAAGUCGCAUCUGAAGUUCCUCCAGAACACCAGCCCCCAGUAGGAGCCUGGCCACCCCGACUGAAUCCUGCAGUGCCGUGUGCUGGGAAAGCAUUGGCCUCGCCCGCCUGUGUGUGCAGCACUCUGCAGGCGGAGGUCGAGAGGUUGCAGGCUCUGGUGUUAAAGUGUCUCGAUGAACAACAGAAGCUACAACAAGAAAACCUCCAGAUUUUUACCCAACUACAAAAGCUGAACAAGAGAUUGGAAGGAGGCCAGCAGGUGGGGCUGCAUUCCAAAGGAACUCAGACAGCAAAGGAAGAAAUGGAAGUGGAUCCGAAGCCUGACUUAGAUUCGGAUUCCUGGUGCCUCCUUGGAACAGACUCUUGUCGACCCAGCCUCUAGUCUCCUGAACCCACAUAGCCCUCAGGAAACUGGGACCCAAAGAACUUCACCGCACACUUACCGAGUGCAGAGAGCAGCUUUCCUGGCUUUGUUCACUUGCAGACACGGAGCACAGGGCAGAGGGAGGCUCUAAAGCACUUUCCUUGUGCAUUUGGAGAGUGGCAUUGCCUUUUAGAUAGGAUCUAGGAGUGAUAUUAUUGUUUCAGAGAAUGGAAGGGUCCUGUGGCCCUGGCUUUGUCAUCAGUGACUGCCAUAGCAACAGCAGCUCUGUACCUCAUCUUUUGAUCCCACCUUUGAAGAAGAGACAUAGUACUCACCUUGUUUGCGCUGGUAGCACCUCAUAUCCCAUUUAUCAUUUUCAUCAUUAAUUGGAAGUUGCCUUCGGAUUUUAACAUCAGGCAUCGCACCUCUGGGUGAAGGAAGGGAAAAUGUAAAAUUGGAGUGGGCUGUGGCCAGGCCUGGUAAAGUAUCCAUGUCUUCUCAGAAGCCUGGAGUCCAGGAAAUUUUCUUGGCAGAGUCAGUCUAGAGCUUGUGUUCAGGAAGUUGUUGCUUCAUGCAGCCGACUGCUUUAUGGGGAAGCUUAGAUUGUGUUCCCUAUGGAGGCUCCUUGAAACAUCAGUGAGAAGCAGAGGAAGGGCAGGUCCCUCGUCACACAGCCAAACUUUCAGGCUACGGUUAGUACAAGGUGGGAUUUCCCAGCUCUGAAGGAUUCCUCCCAGAGAGGAGAUAUCUAAGAGAAUAACACCAGUGGGCAAUAGAUGAAGCUGUGGAGAUCAGCAGGAGGGAAGGUAACACUUCCCUCGGUGCCUUGCCUCAGUGGCACUAAAGUCUUCUGCCCCUGUGAAGGCUUCUUUGUACUUCUAGUGUCGUGACCUUUAGGGGUCUGACUGGGAUAAGUAGCCCCAGGCACCCUCUUUCUAUGCCUAGUCAGUAUUUUUCCUCUUUGGUGUGUUUUGAAGACAUAUCAUACCCAGUAAGUCAGUAUCAUCUUUCAUACUUGAGUGGCCCAAAGCCAGCACCAAAUCCUUGGGGUCCCAAAACUUGACAGGUAGAAGAACCUGCCAAGUGAACGGAAACUGGCUGCAAGCUCACUUCUACUGUGUUCUUAUUGAGAGGAGCAAGCCACCUUUUCCAAAAACAGGAUUGUGUCCUAGAAGAGCCAACCUUCUAGGCAAGCAUCUGAUGGUUUCCCUUAAAUGUGAGCCUUGUGCUUCCACCAAGUCUAAUGAAUUGCUUGUGUUUGGGGCCACAGCAGCUGCUUUGAUAAGUACCACAUCCUCCAUGCUACAUACAGCUAAACUAAUAUUGUUUCCUUUAACCAAAGCAAAAAAAGAAAAGUUUGCUAUCUUAAUAUUGCAGGAGGACCUACCUGUGCAGAAGAAAAUUUUGCCAUUUCCCUAAACCAGCGGUAUAAAGGCUGGUGCUGGGAGGAAGCCCCAUCUCUGAGGGAUGGGCAACUCUGUCCGAUGGGAUUAUUGAUGUCCCAUUGUUUUCUCAAUUCUGAGAAGCCUAGUACAAUAGUACUGAUGUAAUCACUGAAGCCUUUACCCAGAAUAAGGGAAGGCCCAAUCCUGACAUAAGGUCACAAGUUCUAGGGGUCUGGCCAUUGGCUGUAAACCCUGUCAGAGAGUUUUGGUUCAUCAUGUCAAUGUAACUUUGGUUUUCUUCAGGACUGGCUGGCCUUUCAAGGUCCUGUAUCCUUACGCUUACCAUCUCAGCAGGCCUGAGAGGCGGGGCUUAAGUCUUCAUUCUGAGCAUUGCUUUUGCUUGGGAACUGAGGGCUGUGGGCAUGUCGCUGACUGUGGGUGAGAGUGAGUGCUGAGGUGGGCGGGAGCCCUGGAGAGUCAUUCUCUAGCAGAGCAUGGCAGUGUUUUCUCUAGUGUGUUCCCAUUGGAAGUCUAGGUUUGCCAUUAAUCCAGCUGAGAAGCUCAGUUCUGUGCCUUAGAGAUAAUUUGCACUUUUCAGAAUUGUGCCUAGGACAGCCGUGAGAUUGUUUUCUCCACCAAACAGCUAUGCAAAUAGAACAGUUGAAACGUGGCAGCCAUGCACUGAGUUGAGCAAAAUACAAGACAGCAGAAAAGUAUUCAAAUGGUUUCCUAUAGCUAAAUCUUGGUGAAUUGCCCUGCUUGUCCUCUAUACAGUGCUAGGUGUUUGGAGCUUUCCAGUAGCGUUGCUUUGAGUUACAGUAUAGUCUGCGUUAAUCCUCUGUGCCAACACUUUGCUGAAAAGCCAGCUUAUUGUUAGCCAGAUGCUGGAAAGGGUGAGGGUGGAGUGGUGUGGCAUUUCUGUUUAAAUAAACAUUUAAACUCUCA